UGAUAAGAAAUGAUUAGAAAUGCUGAAACGUAUGCAGUAACUCUGAAUACUAACCAGUCAAUUAUGUUGAUUAAUAAAUUAAAAAGAAUUGUUUAGCUUUUAAGCAUUAAAUGGUUUUCAUUUGUGUAAAACUUAAGAUAAGACCUUAGUGGAUAACAUUUUAAAAAAGGAAAAUGUCUCGACAUUCCUGGGAGAAAUUGCAUCACAUCCCAAUAGCAUUCUGCUGUGUAAUGAUACUUGCAAUGUUCGUUCCUGUAAUAAUAGCCAUAGUAAAUGGCCAUGUUUCACCUUAUGUACCUUAUAUAAGUGAAGGUGGAGGAUAUUUUCCAGAGGCAGGCAUCUUCACUUUGUUCAUUGUCAUUGCAAGCUUUUUAUGUCUGUGUGCGACUUCGAUGCGCUACUUUGUAGUCGAGGACAAGUCCAACAAGAAAGGAAAUGAUCUCGAUGUCUUCAUAAAUAAAAUUUCAUUAACGCUAGGAAUCAUUUCCAAUGUAUCCAUAGUCAUUCUUGCAUCAUUCCCAACUACAGCUAUUUCACAAAUGCACAAUACUGCUGCUGGAAUUACGUGUGUUUGUAUUGUAUUGUACAUGAUUUUUCAAGCAUGGAUCAGUUUAAGACUUCGAGAAACCACAACAGUUUCCAGGAUGAGACUGGUUAUAGCAAUUUUAAGCGUAAUAUUUCUAAUUUUAUUAGGUGUUUUUGGAGUUAUUGCAUCUUCCUUAUGGACAGCAAAAUACUGGAGCGGAGAUAAAACGCCUUCCGAUGAGGGAUUUAUUCCAUAUCUGGUCAGUGCAUGUUCAGAGUGGAUUUUGGCAAUCCUUUAUCUUCUGUUCUUCAUAUCUUAUGUAACGGAGUUUAAAAAAUAUACCAUACAUUUUACUAUCGAAAGCAAAGAAGCGAAUAGGCCAAGAUUAGCUUUUAUAACUCAAUCAAGAACUUGUUAAUUUAUUGU